AUGGACUGUGGUCCCCAGAAGGGGAAGGCUGUCUGCUGCUAUGCCUGCACCCCUUGCCCAGAGGAUGAGAUCUCCAGUGAGACAGCUGUUGUCCUUGGCAUUUUUGUGAAGCACCGAGACACCCCAGCAGUCAAAGCCAACAACAGGGCUCUCAGCUACUCUCUGCUCAUCUCUCUCACCUGCUGUUUCCUCUGCUCCUUGCUCUUCAUUGGCCGUCCCAACACAGCCACCUGUAUCCUGCAGCAGACCACAUUUGGACUUGUGUUCACUGUGGCUGUUUCCACUGUCUUGGCAAAAACCAUUACUGUGGUGCUGGCCUUCAAGGUCACUGCUCCAGGAAGAAGAAUAAGGAAAGUGUUGAUAUCAGGGUCCCCUAACUUUAUCAUCCCCAUCUGCUCCCUGAUCCAGCUCACUCUCUGUGGAGUCUGGAUGGGGACAAAUCCACCCUAUACUGACACAGAUGCUCACUCUGAGCAUGGCCACAUCAUCAUCAUGUGCAACAAAGGCUCCCUCACUGCCUUCUACUGUGUCCUGGGAUACCUGGGCUCCCUGGCCCUGGUGAGCUUCACUGUGGCUUUCCUGGCCAGGAACCUGCCUGACACCUUCAAUGAAGCCAAGUUCCUGACCUUCAGCAUGCUGGUGUUCUGCAGCAUGUGGGUCACCUUCCUGCCUGUGUACCACAGCAGCAAGGGGAAGGCCAUGGUGGCCAUGGAGGUCUUCUCCAUCUUGGCCUCCAGUGCAGGGCUGCUGGGCUGCAUCUUUGUCCCUAAUUGCUACAUUAUCUUAUUAAGGCCAGAUAGCAACUCUAUUCAAGGAUUCUGGGAUAGAACUUUUUCUAGGAGAAAAGAGCCUUCUUAA